AUGCUUGUUCUUAAGCAUUCACAUCGUCGACAGGUUGCAGAACCAACCUAUGACCCUGAGAACAGCGUUCAACCGCAAGCGCCGUUCCCCGGCCUGACCAUGGACACCUACGAGGUGGUCGAUCCAAUGCUCAACUUCCGUCCGCUCCAAUACUCGUUCUUUGAGACUUCAUCCAUGUUCGCGACCGAGCCAAUGCAAAUGAUCAAGGAAGACAUGUACCAGCUUCACGAAAUGCCCCCGGCCCUCGUCUCUUCAAGUUCGAUACCAUCAAUCCAAAGCGCUGCAUCGUCCACGAUCGGGUCACCAUAUUCAGGACCCUCGCACACCAUUGCCAGCCAGGACGGGUUUGACCUCGGUGCGUCGUACGGCUUAGGCGUGUUGUCAAGCGCGCUUGGUCAGGACACCUUCCACCAGGAUCUCCUUGGAGCUCCGAUGGAAGCCGACUUGUCCAUGUCGAAUCACAACAACAAUAAUGACAACAACCAUGACAAGCUCUUUUCGGACAGAAGCUAUGUGGAUCCAUCCUUGAUUCAUGCUUCAAGAUCGUAUGGGGAGACACCUUUCCCUCCCCAAGGGCUCUUCCCGCAAGGCAUUCACACCUUCUCAAACACGUCGCCAUCAGGUUCGCCGGCCCCCUCGCCACAACCCUACGGCAUGUACCCCUCUACCACCCAGUUCCCUGAACCUUUUGCAAACAACAACAACUACUACCCGCCGCCACAACACCUCAGCCGAAGACCGUCUCUGGCUUCCUAUGUCUCCAACGUCUCACACUCUAGCCCAGCUUCGGAACUUGACGAAGAGGGUCGAGAGAAGGGCCAGUGUCCACAUCCCGAUUGCGGCAAAGUCUUCAAGGACCUGAAGGCACACAUGCUCACCCACCAAGCCGAGCGGCCCGAGAAAUGUCCCAUUUUGACAUGCGAGUACAACCAGAAAGGCUUCGCUCGAAAGUACGACAAGAACAGACAUACCUUGACCCAUUACAAGGGUACCAUGGUGUGCGGUUUCUGCCCCGGAUCCGGGUCGCCUGCCGAGAAAAGCUUCAACCGCGCCGAUGUCUUCAAGCGACACUUGACCUCGGUCCACGGUGUCGAACAAACAGCCCCCAACAGCCGGAAACGAAGUCCCACUUCCAACAAUCGCAAGUUGACCAGUUACUGCCAAGAUGCUACCGGCAAGUGCUCAACCUGCUCGGCCACCUUCAACAAUGCUCAGGACUUCUAUGAACAUCUCGAUGACUGUGUGCUGCGUGUUGUACAGCAGGAAGAGCCUAGUGAGGCCAUCAACGCGCAUCAUCUCUCCAGCAUAGACCAAGAUGCCAGCGUGCAGGAGACCUUGGAUCGUCACAUGCUGAAGACCGAGGAUUCUCCCACUAAAAUUGAAGAUGACGACGAGGACGACGACGAAGAGGAAGAUGAGGAGGACGAAGACGAGGAUCCGUCCUUCACCGGCCGAUCCGCGAAAGGUUCCAUCAAACCCAACAAACCCGGCACUUCGGGGAGAGCCAUCAUCGCUGGUGGAGUCUCCAAGUCCACCAAGUCGGCCAGAAAAAGCAUGACCUGGUCCAAAGGCGGCGUCGCUCUUCUGGGCAAGGGCCGCAAGAAGAGAAAGCAUUAUCCACCGUCUUGGGGCAUGUCUGCCGAGAAGAUGCAGAUGAAGAAGCGCGUUCUCUGUGUCUACGAUGGGCCGCGUCGGUUGUGGAAAGACGACAUGAUGCUGCACAACGAGUUUGAAGUUCGAAUGAUGCUGCCCGACGGCAAGGGCUACGUGACCGACCUGGAUGUUGCCACACUCAAGCGAGCCGAGGCUUUCCACAAUGCCUCUGCAGACGAGAAGGGACCAUGGCUGCCUCCCACCGAGGACGAUGGGCAAUUGCUUGACUUGAAUGCGCUGAUGGCUUGA